CGGCCACCGUCGGUCAAGAUGGCGGCGGGCAGCGACAGCGAGGAGGAGGAGGACCUGGUGAGCUACGGAGCGGCGCUGCAGCCCCUGCAGGAGGGUGAGCGGAUUAAGAAGCCGGUUCCUCUUCAAGAGCAGACGGUUAAGGAUGCAAAGGGGCGAUAUCAGCGUUUCCACGGGGCCUUUACUGGGGGCUUUUCUGCUGGUUACUUCAACACCGUGGGCACAAAGGAAGGAUGGACGCCCUCAGCUUUUGUCUCCUCACGGCAGAAGAGAGCAGACAGAACCACUCUUGGACCAGAAGACUUCAUGGAUGAGGAGGAUCUUAGUGAAUUUGGGAUAGCACCGAAAGAUAUCACAACCACAGAUGAUUUUGCAUCCAAAACUAAAGACAGAAUAAAAGAGAAAGCCAGACAGAUUGCAGGAGUAGUUGCUGCCAUUCCAGGAACCACUGCAUUCGAUGAUCUGAUAGGACCCUCAAAAAUAACAGUUGGAGUUGAACUCUUACGAAAAAUGGGCUGGAAAGAAGGACAAGGAAUUGGACCACGAGUCAAAAGAAAGCCAUGCAGGCAGAAACCUGAUCCUACAGUGAAAAUAUAUGGUUGUGCUUUACCACCUGGACUGUCUGAGGGUUCUGAGGAGGAAGAGGAUGAAUACCAGCCAGAGAAUGUGACCUUUGCCCCAAAAGAUGUCAUGCCUGUAGAUUUGACUCCUAAAGAGAACGUCCAUGGCCUUGGCUAUAAGGGUUUGGAUCCCUCACAAGCCUUGUUUGGUGUGUCUGGCAGAGAACACCUGAAUCUUUUCACAGCUGGUUCUGAAGAGACAAGCAACUUGCUUGGGGAUCUGAGACACAGUAAAGGAAGAAAACUGGGUAUUACAGGUCAGGCUUUUGGCGUGGGAGCUCUGGAGGAAGAAGACGAUGAUAUUUAUGCAACUGAUACCCUGUCAAAAUAUGAUACAGUUCUGAAAGAUGAGGAACCUGGGGAUGGCUUGUAUGGCUGGACAGCACCAAAGCAAUAUAAAUCCAAAAAAAGGCCUGAAAGAGACUUUAAAUAUAUAGGCAAAAUCUUGGAUGGUUUUUCCUUGGCAUCAAAAUCAUCAAUUCCAAUCAAGAUUUACCCACCACCUCACCUGCCCCGAAAUUACAGACCAGUUCAUUACUUCCGACCUGUGAUAGCAGCUGGGCAAGAAAACUCCCGUUUGCAGAAGGCACUGGAGGAAUCCACUGGGAAGCUGGGGAGUGAUCCAGCACAGCAGAGCAGGCACGCUUUGGAUGCAGCUCAGAGGAGGGAACUGCUGGGAGAGACUGGGCUGAAAGGUCCAGCUCCUUCUGUUUUGGAAUAUCUGUCUGAGAAGGAUAGAGAAAGACUCAGAGAAGUGAAACAAGCAUCUGAACAACAAAUGAAAGCAAAACCAGUGGCUCAGCAGCCCCAAAACAGAUUCCAGGCAGCCCCCCCAGAGGAUGCUGCUCCCAAAUGGCAAAUGCUGCUGGAGGGGCAGUUGGCAAAUGCUGGUUCCAGUGACUUCAAACCAUUUGCAAGAAAUCCAGAAAAACAAAAAAGAUACGAAAAUUUUGUGAAAAGUCUUAAACAAGGAGAAAAAGCAGAUGCCCUGGAGCGUUUUUUAGACCCCAACAUGACAGAAUGGGAGCGGGGCAGGGAGCAGGAGGAGUUUGUCCGUGCUGCCAUGUUCUACAGAUCCUCCAGUUCCACGCUCUCCUCCAGGUUCACUCGGGCCAAGUACGAAGAUGACGUUGACAAAGUCGAAGUUCCUCGAGACCAAGAGAAUGAUAUCGAUGAUAAGGAAACUGCUGUGAAGAUGAAGAUGUUUGGCAAACUCACAAGAGACAAGUUUGAGUGGCACCCUGACAAGCUGCUGUGUAAAAGAUUUAAUGUUCGUGAUCCUUAUCCUGAUUCUUCCAUAGUUGGUUUACCAAAAGUGAAAAGAGACAAGUAUUCUGUGUUUAACUUCUUAACUGUCCCUGAGCCCACCACGUCUGCAACUCCAACAACAAACAAACAAAUCCAAGAGAGUAACAGCCACAACAAACCAAAGAAACCUUCAAGGUGGGAUAUGUCGGAUAAAGAGAAGGAGAAGAGAGAUUCUAUCAGUGAAUUCAUUAGCCUUGCUAGAUCAAAAGCUGAUGUUCAGCAGCAGCCACCAGUGCCAGCUCCAGAAAAAUGUGCAACUGGGCCAAGUGAAACUCUUCCCACUGAGCAGGGAGCUAAUGAAAGAAAGGAUCAGGAGGAAGAAAGCAAACGACCACCCAUGGACUUAUUCAAGGCCAUCUUUGUGAGUUCCUCAGAUGAAAAAUCAUCUUCCUCUGAAGAAGAGAGUGAUGAGGAGCAGCAACCAACUACUUCAGUAACAGAGUCAGAAACCACCCAGCAAGUUGAUAAACAAACAGACAGUUCUUCCUCUGGGGUACAAGAGAGUGUGGCUGCUGCAGCUGAUCCUGGCACUUCUUCAUUGUCUACUUCAAAGCAGGAGCUGGAUGCAGCAGAGGAAUUUGGACCAAAGCUGCCUCCAGCUUUUUCUUCUGGUGCUGCUUGGCAAACAGUGGUGCCAGCAAGCUCUCCUGGGUCCAGCAGGAAAGAAAAGCAUAGGAAAACAAGAGAGAAGCACAAGGCAAAGAAAGAACAUAAACGUAAAAAAGAAAAGAAAAAGAAACAUAAGAAGCAGAAAAACAAAGGAAAACACAAGAAUAAAAAAUCAGAAAAAGAAAGCAGCUCAGACACUACCGAGAGCAGUGACAGCAGUGAUAUGGAUACCACAGGCCUGUCACCCAAAGAACUUCUAAGAAGAUUAAAACAACUUCAGUAUUGAAGAAGCCUCUUGCUUUCCUCAGUACUGUGGGACUUGAUCUCCAAUGUUUGAUCUCCUCCAUGAUGGUAGAUCAGUGGUGUAUAAUGUGAAGCACUAGAGAUACAGUAUUCAUAUUGAAUUUCUUUGAAAGUAAAUGUGCUUAUGUUUAUUUUGUGAAUGUUUCAUGUGUUCAAAAUGUAUGGAUUAUAGAGCAUUGAAAAGACCCCUUUCUGGGCAGCAUAAUCUGAAAUACCGCAGGCUCUGUUUUAAUUCAUUAAACAAAGCAUUUUAAUAAACUUUAAUGUUGUUAAAUGAG